UCCAAUCUCACAUAAGUCGUCCCUCGUUCGUGUUCAGACCCCUCUCCCACGUUCUCAGCGCUCCCGUCUGCUCUCCCAGCUCUUAUAUCAGGUAUCUGGUCCCGUUCCCUCACGACCAACUGCCUCUUCCUAUCGCACCCUCUUCACGACCCCGCCAGCCAUGUCCGACGCCGGUUUCUACUCGCUCAAGGCGACUGCUCCCGGAAACAAGACGUAUGACUUUGAGCAACUCAGGGGCAAGGUCGUCCUCAUCGUGAACGUCGCGUCCAAGUGUGGCUUCACGCCCCAGUACAAGGGCCUUGAAGCUCUGUACAAGAAGUACAAGGACCAGGGCUUCAUCAUCCUCGGCUUCCCGUGCAACCAGUUCGGCGGCCAGGAGCCCGAGAACGACGAGAAGAUCGCCGAGUUUUGCGAGCUCAACCACGGCGUCACCUUCCCGCUCAUGGCCAAGUCCGACGUCAACGGCGAUAACACGAACGAGGUCUACAAGUGGCUCAAGUCGCAGAAGGCCGGCCUCCUCGGCCUCACCCGCAUCAAGUGGAACUUCGAGAAGUUCCUGAUCGACCGCGAGGGCAAGGUCGUCCACCGCUGGGCCUCGACCACCUCCCCCGAGGCGAUCGACGCGGAGGUCGCCAAGCUCCUCUGACUCCCGGACCCGCACGGCGCGAGAACGACGACGAAUGCUAGAUUGUAGUAGUCCCGAAUCAGGAUGUAAUCUUUUUUGUAUCGGAGCCCUCCCGUCAAAUACGCAUAUACUUGUGCAGUGAAG